AUGUCCGCCAGUGAAGAGGAGCAAUCCAGUCAUGCCCAGGAAACCAGCAAGGGUCCUGAUGUCCCAACCGAUCAAUGUGCCAACUGCCUCAGAGCAAAGAUCAGCUGCACUUACAUUGAACCCCCUCCGAAAAAGUAUAUCACAACUCUCGAAGAUAGGAUAACGGACCUCGACCAGCUCUUUCGACAGGUGACACUGUGGAGUCCCCAGCUAUGUCUCGACAAGAAGAUAUACAAAGACUGGAUUGACACCAUCAUCAAAGGCGACUCUGUCUUCGACGAAGUUCCCGAUCACCACCAAAAGCCACGCAGCACGGCUCUUUCUUCCCUUUCGAUUCCCGUCGACUACGCGCAAGGACUCGAGGCUCUCGAGGGGUUCGCCCGCGCAAUCCGUGCCGGAAAUGAUAUUGAUCCUUGCUCGCAGUCAGACGACGAAAGCCCCAGCGCACCCGUCGUCAGUAGCAGCCUCGACUCGAAUCGGUUUUUCGGUAAAUCCAGCAGCGAGGUGCUCAUCCGUGACACCAAGAAAAGAUGGAUUGACGACGAGAGGGGUGUCGAACGACCUGUGCUGAGCCAUCGACAGGAAGAGUUUUGGACCCUUCGGCCGGAACGGGCACUAGAAUACGUGCAGCGGAACCAUUACACAUUCCCUGAACCCGACCUCUCAAAAGAGCUCCUAGAUCUGUACUUUGAGCACGUCAAUCUUCACUUCCCUCUCCUCCAUCAACCAUCCUUUGAGCGAUCGCUCCGUGACAAUCUUCAGUACUCCAACCCCAGUUUCGGAGCAGUUUAUCUCCUCAUAUGCGCCAUCGCGGGGUGGAAGUGGUUCAACCAAGUGGGGACGGGAACAAUCUCAUACCUUUCACUGCCGUCGCUCUAUGACCUGCAGCUACACUGUUUAACUCUGCUGUUCCUGCAAAGCUCUUCCGCACCGCAGGCUGUAUGGGGAAUGGUCGGUAUCGUCCUGCGGCCCGCACAGGACAUUGGCGUGCAUCGACUGCGAAGUCGUACGCCGUCAGCCGAAGAUGAACUCUGGAAGCGGGCGUUUUGGUCCUCAUCUGUGUCGAUAGAAUCGUCAGCACGUCGGUGGGGCGUCCUUGUGCCAUUCAAGAUAAAGAAGCAUCCCGACCCUCGAAAAAGGUUCAAACAGCCUCCAAACAAGCCUACCAUGAUGAUCGGAUUCCUCAUGCUGCUGAAGCUUGUGUACAUCUUGAAUUAUUGUGUACCAGGAUUUUACACACCACCGAAAGGAGAUGAGUGGUAUGGCCCGCUGCCUGUACAUGAGUGGAAGUCGUGUAUCGUAAUGGAGCUCGAUUCAACCCUCAACAAAUGGCUCGAAUCUGUCUCAGAGCAUCUGCGGUGGGAUCCAAACCGUCAAAACAUCCAACACUUCAAUAUACCCGCCAUGCUCUACACGUUAUACCACCACAUCCAAAUCCUCACCCACCGCCUAUUCAUCUCUCCAAGAAAGACUUCCGUCGUGCCUUUCCCAUCCCUCACUAUAUGCACCAAUGCUGCGCGUGCGUGUGCCAGAAUCGUGGAUGUUCAGUGGAAGCGCAACGAUUACGGCCCGCCACCAAUUAUCCAGCUAGCCACGUUUACGUCGGGCGUGGUCCUGUUGUUCAGUUCGUGGGUGCAGAAAGGCGCCAGGGGUGGCACCGCAGCGACUCUGCAAGACGAAGACGAUAUGACACUUGUAGAACAUUGCUUGGAGGCACUAAAGGCGAGCGAGGAACGGUGGUGUCAAGCUGCUAGGUUCUGGGACAUGUUGGACGAGCUCUCAUCCGUGGGUGAACUGCCCGAUUUUUUUGUCAAUCCUAGCCACGACGAGCCUCCUCGACCAACGACCAGCUCCAUCCCUGCUACCUCUGUGGCUGAGGACAUUGGGCAAACCACCUCGACACCGCCUCCCUAUUCCGUCCAUGCGCCGAGGAAACUACCCUACCACUCUCGCCCACCUUUUCUUCCCUCUUUUCUUUCACCUUCGACCACCCUGCCAGUCAGAAUCAUUAUGGCGCAGCACCAAUUCCUGAUACGUCUGAUACGGGAAAUACAACCCAGUCUGGGUAUCAUUACCAACUUUCGAGUGGACCCCAUACCUGGUUGA